CGCCAUGCCCUGUCUCUGGUCGACGGUUUCGUCUGGAACAUGGACCGCUGCUGCUGGGAACCCACGGGCCCACUCCUGACCCGGCCUACUCAACCCGGCCCAGCCCGAGCAAAAUCGGGUGGAUAUGAGGACGGCGCCCCCCGCUUAGCCCAUCGUUGCCCGUCUCGUGCACCGUCGCCUGCUCGUCUCGUUUCGCGUGCUUGCUCCCUCGCGUUUCGCUGCCCUCCAAAUCUUGUUGCCGUUGCCGAUUUCGACUUCUGCACUUAUUUCUGCUCCCAUCACGCACACUGCAUUUUGCUGCUUCCGUGUCGAGCGUGCUCUGGGUCGGCGUUUCUCGGGAUCGGUUACUCUCGCGGCGGGUUUGGAAUCAGGGUUACGCCCGAGGUCGCAACGCUCGCCACAAUUGCAGACCCUGUGCAGAAGCGGUCCGAAACCACGUCGGGGUUCAUGUUGGAGUUAUCGGACACGGAGAUUCCGGCCUCUUUUGAUCCAUUCGCGGAAGCGAAUGUUGAGGACAGCGGGGUAGGUUCCAAAGGGAGCGGUUAUGUGCAUGUUAGGGUGCAGCAGCGGAAUGGACGAAAGAGCUUGACAACCGUUCAAGGGCUGAAGAAGGAGUUCAACUACAACAAGAUUUUGAAGGAUUUGAAGAAAGAGUUUUGCUGCAACGGAGUGGUGGUGCAGGACCCAGAGUUGGGUCAGGUCAUUCAGCUGCAGGGUGACCAGCGGAAGAAUGUCUCCAACUUUCUCGUCCAGGCUGGGAUUGUGAAGAAGGACCUGAUAAAAAUUCACGGUUUUUAGACCUGUGGGAGUCUAAGAUGCGGUGGUGCUGAUAAUGAUAUUCGUAACCUCGAUGUCUGUAAGGGCACUACCGUGGCUGUAAUGCGGCGUGUUUUACAGUAUUCGAGAAGCACUCGCAGAUCUCUGGAGUUUGCAGUCAUUCUUGGCGGACAGCCUACAAGGCUAAUGGUUGCAGCAUAUCCCAGUGGCUAUUCUUUGGUGUGUAGUAAAGCUUGGCGGAUAGUAGAUCUGGCGUCGGAUAAGAUGUACCGCAAACUAUGGAGUUUUGUGAUUAUUACGAAACUAUUUGUUGGUUACUGAA